AUGAGGUCUCAUAGAAAGGUUGGGAAGUCGGACCUACAGCAGGUAGUAGUUAUGCAACAAGCAGGCAUAAGAACAAGUCACAUUAUGAGACUACUAGCUGUGCAGGUUAGAAGAUACCACACCUUGGGAUUCCAUGUCACUGUUAUGUACAAUGCGCUAAAUCGGCAGAGACAGCUAGCAGUUGGUCAUGAGGACAACGAUUCAUCAAUUGCAUUCUUGUCAGUGUGUAGAGAUGACUAUGGAUGUUUUGAUGAUGUGCUAGUGUUCGACAGCACGUAUAAUACGAACCAGUACAAAUUUCCAUUGGUUGUGCUGUGUGAGGAGAUGAGGGAUAUGAUUAUAAGUACAUUCUUAAAAGCAAUGCAUGGGAGGAAACCGAUAGCAGUUGUGACUGAUGGGGACAAGUCAAUGCGAAAGUGCAUUAAAAAUUUAAUGCCAAUAGCUAAGCAUAGACUUUGCAGCUUCCAUUUGGAAAUGAAUGCAGCCACAAAUGUAAGGGAAAAAGAGUUCUUGGAGGCAUUCAAGACCUGCAUGUUUAUGAAUUGUAUAGCAGAAAAGUUUGAAACGAGGUGGGCAGAGGUUGUGAGACGUUUUGGGCUUAAAGAUAAUGAAUCGGUUAACAAGAUGUACCGGAAAAGGGAGCUGUGGGCUAUGGCUUUCCUCAGAGUUUUUGAGUGUCUUCAAACAUAUGACUUGGUCGUGGCCUGUUUGCGACAUGAGGAGAGGCGUCAAAAGGAUGUGACAGAGUACAGUGCCCUUGUGCCAGCGCCACAUUUACAUGCACUGGAAAAACAUACUGGUGAAGUGUUUACGAGAUCCACAUUCGUUGUGGUACGGAAGGAAAUGAAGAAGCAGGGGCUAUUUUGUAGGAUUAAUGACACAGAUGAUGGAAUCACCGCUGUCCACUUCAUGAAAUAUUUGUACAAUUACUCGUAUCAUACUGUGGCCUAUAACAGGUCCACGGGACAUAUGAAGUGCUCCUACUUGAAAAUAGAAACACAUGGGCUGCCUUGUUGUCACAUGUUUCUUGCAAUACUAUUUGAGGAAUUGAAAAUGAUCCCUCCAAACUGCAUCAUGAAAAGGUGGACUUGGCAGGCAAAGGAAGGGGUAAUAAGUAAUGAGGCGGCUCAAACAACUAGCACGCACCUCACAGAGAUGUUCAGAUAUUCUACACUGGUUUCAGCCACUAAUGAUGUAUGUAGGCAUGCAUGCAAGACGGCUGACGGAUUCACAAAUGCAUUGGAACUAUUCCAGAACGAGUCAAUUCGAGCUAAAGAGCUGCAAUUGAAGAGGCAUAGAGGUAAGGGCUGUGCAGCUGUCCAGGGAAGUAAUGAAACUAUGGGUGAAAGGGAUUGGGUUAAGGACCCCGAAGUGAUUGCAUCACGGGACCUGCGUUGA